AUGGACCUCGAAUUGGAAAUUCCCGUCUUGCAUUCCAUGGACUCGCACCACCAGGUGGUGGACUCCCACAGACUGGCACAGCAACAGUUCCAGUACCAGCAGAUCCACAUGCUGCAGCAGACGCUGUCACAGCAGUACCCCCACACCCCAUCCACCACACCCCCCAUUUACAUGCUGUCGCCUGCGGACUACGAGAAGGACGCCGUUUCCAUCUCACCGGUAAUGCUGUGGCCCCCCUCGGCCCACUCCCAGGCCUCUUACCAUUACGAGAUGCCCUCCGUUAUCUCGCCAUCUCCUUCUCCCACUAGAUCCUUCUGUAAUCCGAGAGAGCUGGAGGUUCAGGACGAGCUCGAGCAGCUUGAACAGCAGCCCGCCGCUCUCUCCGUCGAACAUCUGUUUGACAUUGAGAACUCAUCGAUCGAGUAUGCACACGACGAGCUGCAUGACACCUCUUCGUGCUCCGACUCGCAGUCGAGCUUUUCCCCUCAGCAGUCCCCUGCCUCCCCGGCCUCCACUUACUCGCCUCUCGAGGACGAGUUUCUCAACUUGGCUGGAUCCGAGUUGAAGAGCGAGCCCAGCGCGGACGACGAGAAGGAUGAUGUGGACACGGAGCUUCCCCAGCAGCCCGAGAUCAUCAUCCCUGUGUCGUGCCGAGGCCGAAAGCCGUCCAUCGACGACUCCAAAAAGACUUUUGUCUGCACCCACUGCCAGCGUCGGUUCCGGCGCCAGGAGCAUCUCAAGCGACAUUUCCGAUCCCUACACACUCGAGAGAAGCCUUUCAACUGCGACACGUGCGGCAAGAAGUUUUCUCGGUCGGACAAUCUCGCCCAGCAUAUGCGUACGCAUCCUCGGGACUAG